AUGGCACAGUCCGCUGCCGCCCCCAAGCCUAGAGGCUUCUCUCGCUUCUCCAAGGCCCUGCCUGCUGUCCCCCAGCUUCUCAGAUCCUCGUCUCGAAAGUCUUCGCUGCCCACCUCUCACCAGCUGCCGCCUCUGCCAAAAGACCUUCCCGAGUUGCCGCCGCCUCCUCCGCCGCCGCCGCACAAUCAAGGCUCCGCGCCGCCCCAGCUGCCCAUGUUGUUCGACAAGUCUCCUCCGCUUCCUCUAUCCGCCGCCGUCUUGCCUGUGCCAUCGGCCAAGAUGUCUAUACCGAGACGUCCCGUCGCUGCCGCCACCAACAAUACUAUGCUCUCACCCUUUCCUGAACCCUCACCAACCGCUUCUCUCUCGAGUCUGAUUUCCGCCUAUUCUCGCCCUUUUGACUCUCCCACCACAACCCCCCACACCGGCGCUUUCCCCGACACACCUCUAGCCUCGAGUCGUGAGGCUUCACCUCCCCCAGAGGUCCCGGAAAAGAAGACGGACAGCACUGCGAGUCACAACAGACUGCCGCCCCCCAUCUCCAAAACAUCCUUCACCGACACUGAGGUACCACCUGCGCCGCCUUCAAAAUCCGAACUCUGGCGUCGCCGCCCUCAAAACGAUAGCCGCGAAAUCUCUGGUCUAAAUCUCGAGCACAGCCACGGCUCAACCGUUUCCAGCACCACCUCUGUCGUUUCCGCCUCUACGACUUCCACGCAGCGUCCCUCCACAGCCGUCCAGGAAGAACUACAGUCGCAGCCUGCCAAGCUACGGAAACCUCCGUCCGUUGGCGGCCUCCCGGGCCGCAACGUUCGGCCUUCGGCUGCGGCCAAGGAGGACCCCCGGCCCUCGACUACUCCCAGCAAACCGACCAUCAAUAUGGUGCAAAGUGAGCAGUCUUUGCCUUCUUUGAGCAAAUCCGCAACCCCGCCACCGUCCAACCGGCCUCCCACGCCCGAAUAUCAAAUGGGCGAGUCCCGCGCCGCCGUCGUCACCACAUUCACCUCGCCCGCUUCGCCCGACUCGUCCCCGGAGUCGCCCAGCAGAUUCUCCUCGGCCGACGCCAAGGAGCUCCCUCCUCCACCACCCAAGAACCCUACCAGGGACACCCCCACCACCACCACACCCAAGCCCGGCUCUGCACCGUCUUCCACUAUGCUCACCGAAAUGCCGCGCCGCAAACCCACCACCGGACCUGUGCCCAGUCGCGAAGCCCAGUCGCCCUCGGUCACAUUGCAACCCGUUCCUCCGCCUGCUCGCGGAGAUUCUCUCGCCAACAAGGUCCAGUCACCUUCAGUCACAUCGCCGCCCUUUUCCCCGCCUGCUCGCAGAGAUUCUCUCGCCAACAAGGUCCAGCCACCCUCGGCUACAUCGCCGGCCGUGCCCCCGCCUGCUCGCAGAGAUUCUCUCGCCAACAGGGUCCAGCCACCUUUGGCUGCAUCGCCGGCCUAUCCCAGCGACCCGAGUCGCGCCCGCACACCGCUGCCGGCAUCCACGCCCUCGGACCAGUCUCGCGGCUCUAGCGUGAGCCCGACCCGCCAACCCCGACGCGACCAGGACCAAACGCCGCGGCAGCAGCGCCGACCCUAUAGCGACCAGCGCAUUGUCCAAACGGAACUGGGGCCCAUGUAUCGCGGCCGCGACGGCACCUUGUACCCGGAGAUGAAGACGUUGCGCGAGCCCGAUCCCCGCGCGUUCCGCUUUCCCACGUGGACGAACCCGGAGACGACGGCCGUUUCGACCGACGGCAUCUACGCCGCGCGGGCGCUCAAGGAAUCUCACUAUUCCUGCUUUCAGAAACAUGCCAUGAUGAACCGCCGCUCGAACCGCCACUACCCGCUGACGUGCCAGACGUGCGACCAGGCCGACGCCAAUGACCGCUGGGCCUGCGCAUUUUGCCACUUGCGCAUCUGCGAGCCCUGCUACCGCGCGCUGGUCAAGACGAGGCAGCGAGAUCUGACGACGCUCGUGGCGGACAUUGGCCGUCGCACACCGCUGCGGUUGUCAUCGGGUGCGAGCCCGGCGGCGUCUGCCCUUGGCCUGUAA